CGGGCGGGAGAGGAAGUGCGGGGCGGGGGGAGACGGCGCACAGCGGUCGGGACUUUCCGCCGGGCUGGCGGUCGCCUUCUCCCGGCUCCAGCUGCCGCCCGCCGCCCCGCUCCCCGCACACGCUCGCAGGCAGGGGCCGAGCGCGCUGCACCCGCAGCCCGUGCCGGGACCUCGGCGGCGGCCGGUGCCCGGGGAUAGAUCAGCCUGCGGUGGGGCGGCGCGGACUCUCCUGCCCGGACGCACUCGCACUCCAGGGCUUUGCAGAUUAACCUAAGACUGACUCAUAAUCUGAGAACUGCAGUGGCUUGUAAAAUAGGAAGCAGGAAAGCCUAAGUGCUUAGGCUUUAACUGAAUCAAGACCAGCUCUCAGCAGUGGGAAACAAUAUAUUAAUCUGUCGGAAGCACAGACUGCAGUCUUGUGUGUCACUGGGGUUUGUGUUGGGAAUUUUUUUCAUGUAAACAGGUAGGUAGGAACAAUUCUUCUGCUGUGUAUGUUUUUAAUAUAUACAUUGAGAAACCUCAUGACAGUUGUGUGAGUUGGGGUUUUUUGUUGGUGGGGUUUUUGGGUUUUGGUUUUUUUUGGGUUUUUUUAGUGUUAGUAUCAUUGCAUGACACUGUAAAGUACCUUAUUCUCCUUUGUGUUUUCACAUCUUUAAGUUUAUGGUAUUAAUUUUACAAAUCAUCUUCAGUGCCUGGGUUUGGUUUAGUUAUGAAUGAGGGUGACACCUCAAAAGUCAAAACAAGUUUCACUCUCAUUUCUAUAAAUAAACCUGCUUUACAGCCUUGUUCUGUCUUGUUGUGUGUCUUGCACACAAUCAGAAUGGACUGUUUGGCAAGUUCUUCUGCAUUCUGCCUGAUGGACUUAAGUUGCAUGAUAGUAUAUGGAGGCUUGGGGUUUUUUUGUUUCAUCAGUUGUAUUUGCAAGGAAGGUAAGCAAAUUAUUGUCUCUAUUUCACAAAAAAUCUUUCCCUCAGAUGUUUGAUUUCAAAUAGAUUUAAAAUCUGAUUAGAACUCAUAGAUGAUAACCAGCUUCCUCAGUCAGCCACAGCCUAAUUUGAAAAACUACAUUAUACCUUGGUUACAAGAGCAGAAAAUGUCCUUAAUCUUUCAGAGCAGUACUUUAAAUAUGCUUGGGGUUGUGCUUUCCUUCCUUGUUCCACUCUACUUUUUCUGGAGUUUGAAAAGAAAUUAUGCUUCUAAAAAAAAAAGUUAGUCCUGUUUGCCUUCAGUUUAGGCUUUAAAUUAGGAAUGGAUAAAAGAAGUGAAACAUGCUCCUUUCAACUUCUUGAUGUGGACGUAGAAAAUUCAUCAGUCCUUCAGGUGAGUGAUGGGGUUGUCUUUGGAGAGGAGCAGCAGGUGAUGCUCUGGGACUACUCUGGCUUUUUCCUUGGGACAGGUACAGCUGUUUAAAGCUGGAAGGUGGAGAGGCUCUUUUGAAAUCCUCUGUGGAAAGGGAUAAAAUUUAAAUUUUUUGCUACACUAUUACUAAACCAUAUGUUAAGCACUGUGACUAAGAACUUGUUGUCGGUAAUUAUGUAAUUAAUGAUGCCGUUUAUAUACAGAAGUUCAUGUUCUUGCAAUAAGUUCUUUUUGUGGGUUCACAUAACAGUUAGCAAGUCCUUUUUAGGUUGUGAUCUAGAAGUUGCAUCUGAAGAGUGCAGGAAAAGGAAGUAGUCUGCUGGAAUAAUUGGACACUCUUUUGGCCUUUUGUCUUUCUUUUUUACCCUCCCACACCGGACUGUGAACAAUUYAUGAAGCAGACUUACUGUCUUUCUGUAAAGUUUUUUUUUUUCUCUUGGCCACAUCUUCUAAGUUGGUGCUAGGUGUUUGGUGCUGUUUUCCUUAGAAAUGUUGUGYGCCUUUUGCUGGUGUGCGAAUGCCAACCAGAAAGCAGCUCGGCUGCACRUGGCUGUCUGGAAGUAAUUUUCACUGUCCUGAAGCAAAACAGGUUAAAUGUUAAGGUGCUAGUCUUGGACUAACUGCAGAAACAAACAAACAAAAAAAAAUAAAGAUCUUACUUUACUCCUUAUGUAGAGUUUUUAGGGGAAAGGGAUAUUUUUGGUCCUUCUCCUCCCCAACUUCACCAAGAUAUAAUUGUUUUUGUGUUCCUUAUUUCUAGUUAUUUUUUUCACUUUUGACAGUUCCCAGCUUAAGACUGGAGUCCUAUUAUACAAGGUAAUACAUGUGAAGAGAUGGGAGCUUGGUAGGUGCCCAGGUAAGAUCAGAGAAAGCAAAUCUAUUCCUUCACAAAGGAGAGUAGAAAUAUAUAGAAGUGCUCUAAGUCACGCAGAAAGUUUCUGAUAGCUUUUCUGAUAUUUUUUUUUUCUGUUUCAAAGCUAACAGGCCUCUCUUUCCUCUUUUCAAAUUUGUGAUCAUGUUUUUAAAAUGUUGCAUGUCAUGUGGUCUGCAAACCAAGGAAGCUGAAGAAGACCUUUGGUGGUAAACUAUUUUCAGUAGAUAUAAAUUUAAAAUAAAACUUCGUUUGGGAGCCUAAACUGGGGUAUGUACUGUCCACUACAGGAUUUUCAGUGUUAACUAAGCCAUGUUAGAUAAAAAAUGGUAAAAUUGCUGKUUUGGUGCAUGGACACUCAGAAGUAAGAGUAAGCAAAGGACUUGUGCACAGSUUUGAAAAAUUGAUCUUCCCCCCAUCUGUUGGUGGGGGAGUGGGCAAUAGUUAUGUUCACUGUAUCUGAGUCUGCACCUAUGCCCAUUAUUUUACAGGAAAGGAAAACUUUAAAAGAUGCCCCUAAAACCAGCCAGGCUUUGCACUGCUUUGAGCCACCCCCUAUAAAAGAUGCAUCUCCCUCUAACCUCUCCCAUUUUCUCUCUGCUUCUCCCCACCUCAAAUGCUCUGACUGCUCCUGYCCCCUCCCGGGGCUGCAGAAGGUGCUGGAGGGCUGGGGAGGUUUCUGAGCUUUCUGUGGCAUUGCCAGGGUGUGUUCAGCCCUGCCUGAUGCUCCAGUGAGGCUGAGCUGGAGGAGGCUGGCAGGAUGCUCCCCAGAGGAAAACCUGCACCUCCAGGAGUAAUAGAUUGCUGAGGGUAGGCAGCUGCAUGAGCUAAAAGAUCUGGCCUUGAGCCUGGUUCUGCAGAGGGAAGGAGGGGUGGGAAGCAGUGGUGAUCCUGUUGUUUGGGAUGAGCUGGGCUGGUUGGUGCUGAGGGCUCCUUGUUGCUCCCUGUGCUGUUAAACGCAGCUAUGGAGAGUGCAGGGGGAUGGAGUUAAUUCAGAUUGUAAGUUAAGACUUCUAGUGUCCAGAGACGCAAUGGGCAUCAAGUGAGAAGAAAAAAAGGAUAAAAUUCCAUUUGAAUUCACAGAAAGYUUUUGACUGGGGGUGUUGCUCAAACACUGCAACAGGCUACCCAGAGAAGUGGCAGAGUCACUCUCUGUAAAUAUUUAAAAYGGAUGGGAGGCUGUGCUGGGCAGCUCUGCCUAACCCUGCCCAGGCAGAGGGUGCUGAGCUGGGCAGGCUCCAGAUGUUCCUUCCAACCACAGCCCUUCUAUGAAAGCUUCUUUAAUAUUUGGAUGUAUUCUUUUGCUGCUGUUGUGGAACACUUGGGGAAUAAUUACAAAUGCCCCUGCUGGGCACUUAUCUCACAAAUGCUGCUGUUGUGUAAUCACGGCAGUUUUAAUUGUAUAGGGAAAGCGUCCAAGUGCUAAGUAGUUAAUUGACUAAACUCCCCGAUUUAAGCAGCAAAAGCAAAAAAAGAACCAAAAAUACCAGUAUCUCCCCCUUCCCCGAACUUAGAAAAUACAAGAACACCCUAAACCUUAAAAGACUUUUAAUACCUUAAAAUAUUAUGAGAAUAAAAGGUAUCUUUAUUAUUACAAAAUUGUGUCUCCCCCCCCCCCCCACUUUCCCCUAGUUUUCCACAAAGUAGUCCCCCCAAAUUAUCCUGUAUAAAAUAAAGUAAAAGGCAGGCAGGAGCAUGAGAGGAGGAACAGCAGGGAGAAUCCUAAGAGAUCCAAACAACUCUACAGUUUGUGCCUUUCAGCCCAUGGCUAGGAUGGCAUGAGAUGAUUUGAAGGAACUCUUCCUGUAGCUGUGUUUCUUUCCCGGGCUAUUUCAGCCCUCCACUGAUUGCAUUUUGCACAGCACUCAGAAAGACUGCAGUGCAGUAGUUGGCAAGGAGGGAAUUACUAGGAGGGAAAAUCAAGCUAUGGUGGCUCCYCUUGGCGUGUGGUGUUGCUGAGAUCUGCAUUUUGGAGCAGGUAAUGAACGGCUGCCUUUGGGUUCCCAAUUCCAAAGUCUGGAAGCUUGUAGAUAAAAGGAUGUGGAAAAGUUUCCAUUAAAUGUCCUGAGAGUGUGCAUGGCAUGCUGGACAGCCACUAAGCUUAUUGAUGCAGUGGUUUGGACUUUUUCCCUGAUAUAAAACACCUGCAGUUUCUGCCUAAAACUUUGUUUUUAAUCCUCUGUGCUCAGAGUGUGGAGAAUAAGGUAAGGUACUUUUUGUUGCCUAACAUAUAAAGGAUAAUGGAAAUAAUUUCUGUAUGUUUUAGCAUGCAACAAUAACUGUGCUUGUUGGAAAGUAAAAGUUUUGAUUGCCUUUUUUAUUGCUUGCAAUUCAUUGAAAUUCUUUGUAAUAAUUUCUCUGAAUUAGCUAGUAUAGUCAAGUUGAGAAACAGUUAUGUGUACUUCAUUAGUAUUAAAAUACUUUUUUUUUGUAGUCAAUUUUCAUUUUGGUUUUCCAAUAUAGUAUGGAAUUAUUUUCAAGAAUAGUUUUCUCAAAAUGUUCCUCUCCUUAUGUUCGUCUUAAGUACUAAAUCCCCAAACCUUUCUGUCUUACCAAUAUCUUUGGAUUUUUUUUCCAUGCCAGAUUUUUAAGGGUAUGGCACUGUCAUAAUGCUGCUGUUCAGCUGUGGAGUGCACUUGUUCAGUAAGAAUGGAACUUUGGAGGCGCCUCAAUUCUCUGGUUUGGAUGGGGUUGGUUGGUGUCUUGGGAGGGAGAGGCUGAAAGUGCAAAACUCCCUGCACUAAAUUUGGAUUUAUACCGAAGAAUGCGAAGGAACGGUGGCCAGGGUCAUUGAUAUAAUCGGUGUCUGAACUCAGGAUGAAAGCUAAGAGUUGUAGAACUUCAGUUUUUUGCUAAGUUAAUAUGUAAAUGCUUAGUACAGAAAUUUGUACUACUUUUGUGACAUCUGUAGGUAUUAUAGGCUGACUUGUGAUUUAUAUACUGCUUUGAUGGGGAAAGUGUGCAGCUGCAGAUCUUUUUGUAUGAGUAAGCAUUUAUUSCUGGAGUUUUCUAUAAAUCUCAGUGCUGGGCUGUUUUUCCAGGUACUGUUUUUCUGGAAUCAGCCAGAUGAGGCUUUCCAUAGCCUGUGUGUGCAUUUUGCCGGAAUCUGUAACCACUCAUUAGCAUGUUACUUAUUGUGAUUAUGGUCCAAAGUAGCAUUGCUGGUACUUUGGUAGUAGYAGUAGCCUUUCCUUUCCAUUUCCUGAGGACCAAAGGUGAAUUGUAGCGCGUGACRMUAAGAUAAAAAAAUCAGAAUGCCAYAAGAAAAGGACUCAUUUAUAGCUGUGGCAGUUUGUGGCAUUUCUCCUGACUGCCUAGAUGUUAUCUUGGCCUGGUGUUACAAAGUCCCACACUUCAGCUGUGGCCGUGGGAGUGACAGCCCAGCGCGCUGGGAGUCAGGUAAGCAUUCCUGUGACGCUCUGCCCUUCCSUAGGGAGCUCUGUGGGAUUGCUGAGGCUGCCCCAUCCCCUCAGCCCCGUGUGUGUGCGGGAUGCCAGCUGGGAUCGCGCUGCCGAGCCGGGUGCCCGGUGCCCRUCCCCUCAGUGCCACCCGGGAGCGUCGCGGCCCUGGCGCCACGGAAUAGCGCCCGGCUGGGCACGGCUCACCGCCACUGGGCUCCGGUCUAGGGCAAAGAAAGAAACCAGGCAGACUGUAGCAAAGCUCCCUUUAUUGGCAAGAGUAAAGAGAACCCUAUCAGAGCAUUGAGAAAGCCUAUUCUUCUUUCUUCUCAAGCUGCGGAUCAAAUGAGAUUCAAAUAAAACGAAGGAAAUAAACUAUUUUAGAGCAUGGACACCAGUAAGAARUCAGAGCCUCCUUUAUCUGUAGAAAUGGUACAGCAAAGGGCCAAUCCUGACCGCGCUCCAUCAGCAUCCAUCUAUGUUCCUGAGCAAGGGGGCUACAAAGAGAAAUUUGUAAAUGCUGUGGAAGAUAAGUACAAAUGUGAAAAAUGUCACCUCAUCUUAUGCAAUCCCAAACAGACUGAAUGUGGACACAGAUUCUGUGAAACCUGCAUGAAUGCCUUGCUGAGUUCUUCUAGUCCAAAAUGUACAGCGUGUCAAGAAAGCAUAGUAAAAGAUAAGGUAUUUAAAGAUAAUUGUUGCAGGAGAGAACUGCUUGCCCUUGAAAUAUACUGCAGAAAUGAAAACAAGGGCUGUAAGGAACAGCUGUCUUUGGGUCAAUUACUGAUGCAUUUGAGAACUGAUUGUCAGUUUGAAGAACUCCCAUGUCCUCGUGCUGAUUGCAAAGAAAAAAUACUGAGAAAAGAUUUGCCAGACCAUGUAGAGAAAACCUGUAAAUACCGGGAGACAACCUGUAAAUACUGUAAAAGCCAAGUCCCAAUGAUUAUGUUGCAGAAACAUGAAGAUACAGAUUGCCCAUGUGUCAUGGUUUCRUGUCCUCAUAAAUGUAGUGUUAAAACACUCAUGAGGAGCGAGUUGAAUGCACAUUUGUCAGAAUGUAUUAAUGCCCCAAGUACCUGUAGUUUUAAGCGUUAUGGCUGCACUUUUCAGGGAACAAACCAACAAAUUAAAGCACAUGAAGCCAGCUCAGCAGUGCAACAUGUUAACUUAUUGAAAGAGUGGAGCAAUGCUCUAGAAAAUAAGGUGGCCUUGCUCCAGAAUGAAAGUUUGGAAAAGAACAAGAGUAUACAAACUUUACAUAAUCAGAUUUGUAGCUUUGAAAUAGAAAUUGAAAGACAGAAGGAAAUGCUGCGGAAUAAUGAAUCUAAAAUACUCCAUUUACAGCGAGUGAUAGACAGUCAAGCAGAGAAACUCAAAGAACUGGACAAAGAAAUCCGUCCCUUCCGACAGAACUGGGAGGAGGCUGACAGCAUGAAGAGCAGUGUGGAAUCCCUCCAGAACAGAGUGACUGAGCUGGAAAGUGUUGAUAAAACUGCAGGGCAAGGAGCUCGGAACACAAGCCUGCUGGAGACCCAGCUGAGCAGACACGAUCAGAUGCUGAGCGUUCACGACAUUCGGCUGGCUGACAUGGACCUCCGCUUCCAGGUCCUGGAAACCGCCAGUUACAACGGAGUGCUGAUUUGGAAAAUCCGAGAUUACAAACGUCGGAAGCAAGAAGCAGUCAUGGGGAAGACUCUGUCCCUGUACAGCCAGCCCUUUUAUACUGGAUACUUUGGCUACAAGAUGUGUGCCAGAGUUUACCUGAACGGAGAUGGCAUGGGAAAGGGGACGCACUUGUCUCUGUUUUUUGUCAUAAUGCGUGGAGAAUACGAUGCUUUGCUUCCUUGGCCCUUUAAACAGAAAGUGACUCUCAUGCUCAUGGAUCAGGGGCCAUCUCGACGCCACUUGGGAGAUGCUUUCAAGCCAGAUCCAAACAGCAGCAGUUUCAAGAAGCCUACUGGAGAAAUGAACAUUGCGUCCGGCUGUCCGGUCUUCGUGGCUCAAACUGUUCUAGAGAAUGGAACGUAUAUUAAAGAUGAUACUAUUUUUAUUAAAGUCAUAGUGGAUACAUCGGAUCUACCAGACCCCUGACAUACACUGGGGGAGGCGGAUUAAACAGAAGGCAACUCCGUUUGGGGGUUUUGUAUCAGUUUGUCUUCAAUCAGAGGUCCUAAAGCUCACAGAACCACCUUGUGGAACAGACGGAAGAGUUUGAAGGCAUAACUGCAUAGGGUCCAAUUGCGAAAGUAGCAACACAUUAAGAAAUCAUACCAUGGUAUAUUUUUUAAUAGAACUAGCAACACUUGAGCUCUGAAGAAUCACUUAUCCCUCAUGAGGAUAGUGAUUAUGGUCAGAGAGGAUUUUUUUUAACUUAUUAAUGAUCUAGUCAAUUGGAGGUUAAAAGACAUAUACAGUAUGUGCUGAAUCAAUUACUGACUUUUAUUUCUUUUAAGCUAGAAUACAAAAAAAAAAAAAACCCUUCACCCGUGGGCUAGCUGGAAAUUGUCAGCAUGUUAAAAGAAGAUGAAGUAAUGUUGCAAUUAUGAUAUUCUUUGAAAAACUGAGGUGCAAUCUUGUCUGAAAUAUGGUAUAUUGUCUUUUUAAGGCCUCAUCUGGUCUCUGUUUUAAUAAUUACUUUGUCAGAAGAUCUUGGAAAAGUAUCCAUGUCUUCUCAAAAGUAUCUGAAUCAAAAUCAUAUUUUUAUUUAAAGUUCUAUUGUUACAGAAAACAUUUUAUUUUAAAACUGUUGAUAGACUGAUAUUUCUUGGAAGAAAAAAUAGAAGAUAUCAAACACUGGUUAUCACUUGUGAUAGGAAAAAAAAACUAUUCAAUUCUGUUAUUUCUCUUUAGAAAUGUAAACCUACAAUAUAUGUCGUAGUUAAUGACACUAUUUCAAAAUUAAGGAAAAAUCACUCAUGGAUGCUGUGCAUCAUUAUCAGAUUUAUAAUUGUUUUCACCCUAAAAUAGGGCAUUUGUUGAACUUUGGAGUUCUAAACGGAAUCCUGUACAUUUUUUAAAGUUCUGCCCCAUGCUUUCCAAUCAAGCUAUAUAUGUUGCACAUUAUGCUGUCAGCAGUAUAUAGUAUUUUCAGUAUUGGGGAGGAGGAUUAGUGCUGAAAAAAGCCUCUAUGUUUGUUCUGUACUAGCAGCCAUUGCUUCAAGACAAACCAGCAAUGUCUUAAUACAGUGAUGGUGGCUUGCAUGCAUACAUGUGCCUUAGAUGUGCUGUGCUGCUUAUAAACCAUAGCUUUUUAUUCAGAUUAAUUCUGAUAUCUGAAAUGGUAGUUUAAUUGGACUUCAGGCAUAAUGUUUAGCCUUGUCUUCAGAGCCCUUAGGUACCUUGCAAUGUACAAAACAGAAGCCAAAGCCUGCUCCUUUGGCUUCUGCAGCUUCUGUGAUGUGGCCAUGGUGGAAUCCAUCCUAUUAAGGUGCCAAAACGUUAUGCUCAGUGCUCCUAUGGAGCUUGGACUAGACAGUCUCCAUGGCCACUGUGAAGGCAGGCGACAUUUUCCUCUGAUGCCUGUGGCUGUAAGGUGGCAUCACUUGAAACGAAUCCAUCUGAAAACUCUGGGGCUGUGAAUUUGGAUGCUCGUGGCAGCUUCUCAUAGCAGACAAGCAUCCUAAUGGGGAAUGCAUGGGCUUCUUUCUUGUAACAGCCUGAACUGUAGUGGAAAGCAUUUGCUAGCCCUGAAACAUGCUGAUUGCAACCUGCUGUGUUCAUCUGCUUCUAUUUAAUAGCCUGUGACAAGCAAGUCUAGAGACAGCCUGACUGCGGUGCUCUUUAAAUUCCUGCUUAAGCAGAGCAGAUUUGCACCACUGUGUUUUCAGCCCUCAUGGGCUUGAAAAAAAACCUUUUGCAUCUCAGCCUUUAAUGUCAGGCUGUAUAAGUUUUCUGCUUUUUUGAGGCAUAGUCACAAUUUUUGUCUUAAGGUGCAGUUGAAUUCAUGCCUUUGUAUUUCAGCUUGUCUUUGCCGUUGUCUUUUUUGGCUGUGCCUUCACACACAGUGCCUGCAAGAAGUAUUUAUGGAUAUACAAUGCAUGCUAAGUGGUCUUUAUGGGUUUUCCAGGCACCUGCUAGAAUACUGCCUGCUGCUGACCAUCCUGACUGUCAGCAGCAACUUGUCUUCCUUUUCUUGCCUUCCAUUGUCCGGGUACUGUACUCCCUCUAUGGUACGUGGCUGUCAACAGGUGCAAGCUCAAAUAUGGAGGCACGUGCUAGCGCCUGAUUUCUAGCACGGAAGGAGGAUGUUCUGCACAAGAGAUAAAUAUCUAUAGAUAUAUGUGCAUCUAUAUCUCUAGAUAUAAUUGUAUGGCACUUGCAGUUUUAUGCAGGCUGCAUAAGUAAACCCAUCACUUAACGCUUUAGGGCGAAGGUUCGCUCGACUUGUGUCAUUUUAAUAAUUGUGAAUGUAGGCAGCUGAGCUUUUGUGUUUGUGCAUCACAGAAUUUUACUGAAAACAGGAUUCCCAAGUGGAAAUGUCCAAAGGACUCUCCUCCCAUUGCUAAUGCAUGCCUUGUAAAAUUAAAUGAAACCGUUUGGCCAUCUCAAAACAGUUUAUAUCGUGUUUCAAUCUGGGACUUGGAGGAGAUUUCUAGUAUAAGCAGGGCCCAGCAUAUUCUGCAGAUUUGUGACUACAGUUUCCAACUUCUGUGACAGAAUUGCGCUUCUAAAUCCAAGCUCCUUAAAAGAGGAGGAAAAAAAGCAUUUCCAGCCUUSGUGAUUGAAAGAGGACUUUGAAACAUGCGAUUGUGUAAAAACAAUAGGGAAGUCUUCCUGAGUCUGCACACAGCCUAAACUAGUAGCUUUAAGAGAUCUGAAUAUCUCGUCUUGGUGGGAUAUUGACUCAGAAACUUCACAGAGAAGUUCAAAUAUGAACACUGCUAACUAUCUUAAUGCCGAUCACUGUAGCAGAAACAUCAGUCACUGUUGUAUUUCACAGAUCUCUAUGCUGCUUUCCACAUCUCCCAAGUGCCAAAAGCACCAGCUGCCAGAAUCUUCAGCUUCACUUGGGCAGCUUUUAUAAAUGCAGUAAUGUGCUAUCGAUAUAAAAAUAUUUUUGCAUAUGUGCUUUUUAUCACAGUUAAUAAAACGGAGGCCUACUGCACUUAUUUUUUAAAACUACAUGAAGCUGCCAGAGAAUUUCCAGUUUGCCAACCCUGCGUACUGUGAAAUCCAGGAUCUUGCUACACAAAUGUAGACACCGCCUGCUGUGGAAUACCUGAAGCCUUGACUGUAACACUCCUUUCUCCGCAGAACUCACAGGCCAUCUCUGUAGAGUUCUUACUGUGUACAUAGAAAUCGGUUUCCUCUGCUUUCCAGCAAGGAGUAUGUAGCAUUUUGUGAAAACAAGGCCACUGUAUAUUCUCUAAGUUGAAAGGAAAAGAUACCUGGUGCUUUACUCAACACGUUUAAGUUAUUUAACUGUUUCCCUCAUCGCUGAAAUGCCCUUUAUCCUUUUUCUCUUUGUUCCUGACUGAGAUAUCCAAAGUUUUCUAGGGACUGUCUGUUCAAAGUGAUUCAUGGGACACCACCCUGCCCCCACAAAUACUCCUGAAUCCUGGCCAACUCCUGGGGGAUAUUGUCAUUGCAAGGGGGUCCCAGAGUAUUUGCAUUGCUUUGAACAGAGUUUCUUCAACAGAACCAUUUUGUCUUCUGCUUAGUAAUUCUUAGCAGCGCACAACUGAAGUCUCUUGCUGGUGUUUUCUUCACGGUGAAACUCCAAGUUAUGUACAAACCUCUUCCGUUUCCAGCUUCCUCUAGGGAGAUUCCAGUGUGUGACAAUCUGGAUGUUGCCCUUUGUGUGCACUCUCCAGCAGGGAGUGAGYGCACCUGUUACCUAGAAAGUCUUGAAUCCUAAACAGGAUGAAACUGUUUGGGCAUUUAAAGACCAACCUGAUUAUGAUGCAUGACCAUGUCUGCAUUGCUUCUCUGAGCUAAUUAAUUGGGGUCUUGUUUCAGUUCCUGUCUACACGGUACACCUUCGACUGCUGACUUACAAUAUGCAAUGUUGUUUUCAGCCUUGUACUGUAAAUGUUGUUCUUCACAAAGAGAAUGUGCAAUAGGAAAAGGGAAUGGCGGGUGGCAUAAUUUUGAUGGAAAAAACAUGCUAGCUUUUUUAAAAAGAUGAAAAAAAAUAUUUGAAAUGCAGUUUAUUUCCUUUUUCCAUGUUGUUUUCUACUUGGAAAAGGAAACGUGAAGAUAUGUGCCUGUUUCUGUGCCUGGUGACUUUCUCAAAUGCAAAGGUAAUAGAGAUUUGUGUUAGCUGGAAUUUAAGUGUUGAACCCAUGAAUGUUAGGUUGUGAUUGUAUUGCUUCUGUUUCCUCAGCUUGCCGCAGUUAUGGCUUGCUGAGAUGGAGUUUAAAUGCUACCACCUAUUUGUAUCUGUAUUCCAUCACCUGGGAUAGGCAUUUCACCAACAGUGCAGGGUAUCUGUCGAUAUUUUGUUUAGUUUUUAAAACACUGGUGCUGUUUGGUCCAAGACAGAGAAGUGUGUAGGGAGUGACAGGAAAAGUUGCCUGCAUUGCAGAAGGGUGAAAAAUGUGGCUGCAGUAUUGAUGCCUUGACAUGAUUUAACUAUGCAAAUAUACAAAUAGGUGAGGGGGGRAAAUUCUUGGGUUGCAUACCUAAUCUCUUGGAUUUUGCUCUGUGAAUUACCUGUAUGUGUGUAGGUACAUACGUAUACACACAGACAUGCAUGCACAUAAAUAUGCAAAGUCUUGAUGUGGAAGUGAUGAAAUAAAACCCUUUCCUCCAAGUUAUACUUGAUCAGUUGGUGCAGAUAUAACUUGCUGCUGCUAAGGGAGGAUCUUAGCUAAGGGCAAACUUUGGUUUCAUAUCUUUCAGGUUUGAAGACCUGUAUGUAGCAAACACUCCGCUCAGCUUUUCUGAAGACUUUGAAUUGUAAUUUAGGACACAUCAUGCUCUGAUACUUUGGAGAUUCCUGUGUUUUAAACAACUGUAGUGGUGGGCAACUUUUUAAUUGCAAAUUAUUUCCUCUAAUUUGGGAACAAAAGAUGAUAAAAAGCAGCUGGACCUCUUGCCUGGAAUUCYUGUCCUGUUUAGUCAAUACCUUGAUAUUCUGGUUGACCUAGAAGUCAGAGCUACUGCAAUAACAGUGAYUGGUUUGGCAGUUUAAUCUGAGAAUAGUUUUUAACACUGUGUACAGUGUAUAGCAAGUGCUAUUUGUCUUUUCUUGGAAACAGGAAGUCAAGGAUGAGAUGUGAAACGAUUUGCCCACAAAAGGGCACAAAAAGUCACAAAAGGAAUCUCCUGGAUCUGGGACUGAAUGAGAGGUUCCAGUUCCCUGGUGUUAUCUCCAAAUCACUACGUUUUUGUCUUUUAAUACACUUGUCCCUUGAAGGAACUGGAAAAUAAGUUGACAUACCCUGAAGACCCCCAUCAGGACAGUAAGGGCUAGAAUUAAACAUACAAGCUGUCAUGAUUUGGGGUUGUACAUGUGYGGUGGGAAGGCCAGCACAGCACAUCCGUGUGAGUAACAGCAGCAAACGUGUGUCCUGCUCUGUUUGUUCACAUCAUCUGACAAAAUCAGUCUCGUUUGAUGCUCCUCUUAACUGAGGAGGGAGAAUACCAUUGUACAAUGCAGUGGGUUCAUCUUUGUUCCACCCGUCAGUGUGACUGACCAUUUCCUUCUUGUGGGGCUUUCUCCCUUUUUCGGUAAAUCAAAAUCUGGAGGGCUUAAUUGUUCUUUCUUGCCUCUUAAUCCAGGCCUUUGCAGAGAAGCACCAGAUAGGAAGGUUGUGGAAAACUUUGGACUGCUGAUUCAGGGAUAUCCUGUUAGGAUUUAGAAGAGUAGASUUAUACAACACAUGAGGGAUCUGACUAUUCCUGUUUCUCUUCUAAUUUAUGGUCAAGACUGCAGCUUCUGUCUUCCAUUUCAUGAUGUCAGUGUAGAUACUAGGCUGUGUUUUUUCAUUAUUUUCCCUCCAAGUUAGGAUUAGUUCCUUAGGGUUCAAAUAAGUUCUGAAUUUCACAGAGAAGCACCUGAACCAAAACCCUGGAUUCAAACAUCCCAGACUUGAUCUGGAAUUCAAAUCUGGAUCCCAACUCUGUGGCUUACUAACCUACCCGUUUGGGGAAGGGUUUGUUGUCUCUAUAUGGUGUUUGUGUUUUUGGUCCUUUGGAACUAAGCUUUUAAUUUGGUUGCCAGUUCUGCAAGGACUUUUUAACUUCUUAGCGAUGCCGGUGUUCACACGCUCCAUUGCUGGCAGUGCGAUGCGUAGUGAUAAAAUUUGACUCUGUCUAAGGGUUACUGAGAUAAACCAGCAUUAUCAUUCGUAAAGGUCAUUUUCUUGCAUAGUGUUCUGAGCUUAGUAUUUGAAUAUAGCUCGCACCUGAAAGGACACAUCUUCCAACUAUGACCUGCAUCACUGGCAGAGAGUUGUGUAAUCUGUACUUGUGGAAUGGGAAGGUACAAGCUUCCAUYGUUGCUGAUGCGUCGUGUAAUCCACCUAUUUUGUUUUUCUUAUACCUAUUGUUUGGUUAUUUAUUUUUUCUUUUUCAGUUUUAUAGAAAAAAAAAUGGGGAAGUUCAGGAUUUUUUCUACAAGGUAUAAAACUCCAAUGAAUUAGUGGUGACUAGAGAGCUGUGAAAAAUACUCCAUUAGGAGAUGAUGGGCUAAAUGUAGGUCCAUUUCUCUUAGACAAGUAGGAUAACCUUUAAGAUGCAUGGAACAACAUAAUAAUCGGGAAAACUAAAGCUGACAUUUGUUUCCAAGAAAUUCUGUGAGAACUAUCUAUGGAAAAGACAUCAGUGAUUGAGAAUAAUGUACAAAUUAAUGUGUUUGAAACUUGUGUAUCCAUUUCUUUAUUCUCAUACUCUUCAGUGAACGGUACACUUGUGUUCAGUUUUAUGAUCAAAAACAAAGACCAAAGAAGGCCAGCCUCAUUUGAUUGUGUAUAUUCUGCCUGUCUUAAUUAUCAAUAGCUGUAAGGAUACAGUGCAAGUGAUCUGGUAACCAGUGGUUCUCGUCCUUUUCUUUUAGGGGGAAAAACAAUUUUAAAAUGUAUAAUUUAUUGCUCAGCAAUAACCAUGUUGUUAAAAUAAUAAUAAUAAAAAAAGAAAUUAGCAACAUGUCUUAAUUUCCCAAUAGCAUUAUUCUAUGUUGUAUUUCAGUUUACUGUAUAUUGUAUUUUUGUAUUUAUUUGUGUUUGGAGGUCUUGCUAUGUCUUUUUGUGUUUAAAUGCUAAUAAACAAGGACAGUGUGUAA